AUAAGAUUAUAGGAAAGAAAGUAAAAGAAAUGAGAGAAAAGACUCAUAAGAUGAAAUGAUUUUGGUAUCCUCGACAUUACUCAGUCAAAGAUACUGAAAUUUUCAAUUGGAUUCUUCAACCCUGAACGCAGUGCACAAAGGUAAACAGACUAACAGAGAACCAGAGAGAUGGAGAGCAUAGUGCACAGAACAGUAGAAGUCAAUGGCAUCAAGAUGCAUGUUGCAGAGAAAGGAGAAGGCCCAGUAGUUUUAUUCCUACACGGCUUCCCUGAGCUCUGGUACUCCUGGCGCCACCAGAUUCUGUCUCUCAGCUCCAGGGGAUACCGUGCUGUGGCCCCUGAUCUCCGCGGCUACGGUGACACCGAAGCACCAUCUUCAGUGACCAGCUAUACAUGCUUUCACCUUGUCGGUGACAUCAUUGCUCUCAUUGAUUCUCUAGGAGUUGACAAAGUAUACCUUGUCGGUCAUGAUUGGGGUGCUGUUCUUGGAUGGUAUGUCUGCUUGUUCCGACCAGACAGAAUCAAAGCCUAUGUUUGCCUUGGUGUUACUUUCCGACCCUUCCUUGCAAGGAACCCAAAUGUCAAAACAUUAGAUGGGUUUCGUGCCAUGUUUGGAGAUGACUUUUACAUAUGCAGAUUUCAGGAACCAGGAAAGAUGGAAGCUGAGUUUGCUGAAGUUGACACUGCAUAUCUGUUCAAGAACAUACUCACAUUGCGAGAAUCGGGUCCCCCAAUUUUCCCAAAAGGAGAGUAUGGAACUGGGUUUAAUCCCAAUACUCCAGAGACCUUGCCAUCUUGGCUCUCACAACAAGAUCUUGAUUACUAUGUUAGUAAAUUCAACAAGACUGGCUUCUCUGGAGGGUUGAAUUACUACAGAAAUCUCAACUUGAAUUGGGAGCUCACAGCACCUUGGACUGGAGUAGGUAUCACCGGUGUGCCGGUGAAGUUCAUUGUAGGGAAUGUUGACUUGUCAUACGGUUCCUCAGAGAUGAGGGACUAUAUCCACAAUGGUGGGUUUAAGAAAGAUGUGCCAAGUUUGGAGGAAGUGGUUGUGCAGGAAGGGGUAGCACACUUCAACAACCAAGAAGCAGCAGAGGAUGUGAGCAAUCACAUUUAUGAAUUUAUUAAGAAGUUCUGAUCUGAGCCAUCUUGAUUCCAUUCCAUAUCUUGCUCUGGAACCCCUCUCUAAAUAAAACAGUGAUCCUAAAAUAUCAAGAUCGAUGGUAUCAAACUGAGCUCAUUCUUCAGAGAUUGUGUGUGUGCAGUUGUUAAUUCUCAUUGUAUUUCCAUUGGCACCACUCAAAUAACAAUUGUGGAUACUAGCUAUUAUCUUCUUUAAGUCUAUUGAUUUCAAAUCUUAAUGAUC